UCUCUCCUCUAGCACAAAAAUAUAAAAAACCCUCCUCCUACCACACUCUCUUUCCGGCGGAGCCAUCCUUCAAUUCUCUGCCGUCUUCCAAGGCCGACUUUUCCCGCUUGAUCGCUGUCGUUUCUAUCGCCGCUGCGGUGGCGGUUGCCUGCUCUUUCAUCACCGCAUCACUUAAUCAGCCGCCUAAACCCUUCUGCGAUGCUACUCAUGACCCCGAUGACUCUCUCGCCGGUACCGGUGGAUGAGCUGUUGGAUAACUUGGAUAAGUACAGCUGGAUAAGGUCGUAUACAUGCAUACAAAACAAAAAGCUAUGGAGACCAUCCGUAGUGCUCUGGAGACAAGAACAGAUAAUCAAGGAACUCAAGUUCCCAGAGUUGCUUGUUAGCAAUUACAAACCACACGGUUGUGUUGUGCGCCAGUGGAUUAUCAAGCAUGCGUUACUCUUACUCCCGGCUUGUGCAUUGAUUGUUGGAUGCAUACUGAUUGCUUGUAGGGCAUAUCAGAGACAUCUCUUGUCUGGUAGAGCCGAGCAACUUUACCAUGAGGUUUGUGAUAUACUUGAAGAAAAACCAUCAUUCUCCAAGAGCAUUAAUGGUGAAAGUGAACCUUGCGUGGUUGCAUCCUCUUUGAGAGACCAUCUUCUCUUGCCCUAGGAGAGAAAGGAUCCGUUACUGUGGAGAAAGGUAUUGAUAUGUUAAAGCAACUUUCAAGCGCUACAUGUUUGUUCUUGUUAGGUAAUAUGUAUCAAGUUAUAUGUGCAAUAUGAAUUAUACAUUUUAUUUUAGUAUAUCAAAAUUAUCGCGUAAAACAAUUUCCCCUUUUAAUUUAUAUCCAAGCACAUGUAACUUAGAUUUGUAUCAGACUAAGGCCUUAUUUACUUUGGUGGCAAAGAGUGGAUUAGAAUGCAUUAAUAAAAAUAAUCCAAUUAUAUCCGGUGCUCAUUUUUUGUGAGAUUAAAAUUGAGGCAUCGUUUAAAAAGGUGUAUUUGAGGUGCUUCUUGGCGCGAGGCAUCUCACCUGAUGUGAAAUGGGGCGUGCGCCUCGGCCCUAAGGUGCAUCAGCAAUAGCCUCACAUUUAGAGUUUACAGUUCCUCCCCCAUUUUUUGGGCUUCUUGAGACUUGAAAAAGAAUGGGCCUUCAUGUUUAAUCAUCAAUAUGAAGUGGGUUGUAUGUAAAUAUAGCUGAUUUAAAAAAAUGAAACAUAUUGAAACCCAAAGAAACCCUUCCUACGUUCUUUUGAAGACUUCCUUUGUGCUCCUUCUCACACCUAUUUAAUUAAUAACUUUAUUUUCGAUUUGAAGACUUAUAACUCACUUUGAACUUAUGAUUUUAUGUGUUUCAUGUUUUUACUGUGUUUUUAUGUGAGUUAUUAACUUAUUAUAUUAGUUGUGAUUUUCACGUGAUUAUAUGAAUUAAGCUCGGUCUUACAACUUGAGGUGUACGCCUCGUGGGGCCAUUGGAAAAUGCCUUGAGUCUUAAAAUGCAUAUUAAAGCCUUGAAUGUAGGAUAACCAAGGCACUUUAUUUAGUUUUGGUGAUUCAGAGUCUCAGACCAUACCUAUCUCUCCUAAGGAGGUGGGAUUUGAUUGAACCAUCACUUGCCUCUUUAAUGCAUCAUUUUAAGCAUGUGAUUUAUUAAUUGAUUAUUGUAUGUUAGGGUCCAUCAAACUAUAUCUAUCCGUCAAGAUAUUAACUCUUAGGGUUCUUCGGUUGCAAAUUUAUUACGAGAAAAAGCGUGAUAGGAAAAGAUGGGAAAAGGAGGAUUCUCGCGUAGAUCAGCACCCGAAGCUAGUAAAGGGAGAAUCUAAGGUUGUAUGGGAGUGGCAAGGUAUGAAUGACGUAUUCUAUUGAGCCAACAAAUUCUCAGCUCUUUUUGCUUGUGUUUCUUGGUUUUUUUUUCGGACAAAUUAUCAAUUAUUCUCGAAAAACCUGAUCUUGAGUCGCACGUCACAAUCAUUCUGAAGUUGUUUAUGAGCUAGAAAAUUUGCGGAGUCGAAGAAUAUUUUGAGUUCUGCUGUGAAAAUCUCCGAAGCCAUUUUCAGAAGUAGCUUCAUUAGAAAGAGAGAUAACGGAUUCAUAGAAGAAAAUAUAUUGUGAAUUGCAGAUUUGUACUUCCGUUGAGUAAUUUGAUUAAAUUCAGGUUGAAAAUUUGAAAAAUGAAAUUAGAAAUAUAUUUUCUGAAUUUAAAAAAUAAUUGAUGUCUCUUUUGAUAUUUUCAAAAGAAAGUAAUUAGUAGUCUCGAAAAUCUUACACUCCAUCCAACCCUAAAUGACUAAAUCUGAACACUCAUCGGUGCGCUCCUAUUCAUUGGGCGUGCACCCCGUCGCCUCGUGCCCAGGUUUAUACCUAAUCGUCCCAUUGCACCCACAUUCUUGACUACAUUGGUUUACCUAGAUAACCCUACUCGUCACAUCAGUUUUGAUUGGGGGAAAUUUUCUACAAAGUCAAAGUUCAUGAUUGUUGUGACCAUGUUUAAAGUUCAUGAGAGAUACCAAAAUUCAGUCAUAGCUCGUGAUUUUAUGAAGCAAUAUCCCCUAAAGCAUAGCAUUUUUCACAUUAUGCUUAUCCUUUAUGAUUUUUAGCUAGAUAGCAUAAAGCACCUGUUUUAACAAAUAAAAUGUGUAAUUAGAUAGCAUAAAGCACCUGUUUUUCGAUAGUGGGAUUCUUUAUACUGACUAUAUAUUGUUGUCCAUUUAUUUGUUCUGUGCAAUGUGUAUGCAUCACAUUUCAUUUUUCAAAUUGGUAGAUAAAGUAUGUUUCAACAUAUGAGAACAUAAGUCCGUUCAAACUAACACAUUGAUAAAGAUGUUAAAGAGUAACUGAAGUCACAGCCAAUUCUGUAAUUCUUCACAAGUUUUUCUUACAGCUGUUUUUUCUAUUAAUUUCUUCUGUUCAGCCUAGUUUACUCAAGCAGAAAAUACAUUGAUGUCACUUAAGUCAGAGGUUGAAAUACUAUAUUAUUGUCCAUCUUUUAGAGAAUGGAGCUAAAUAAGUCACAGAACAAUCAACUAUAUGAUAACUAUCUCAAGCUCAUACACUCACUAUCCAUUCCAUUUCAUUGAGUCUACAUGCUUAAAUGCUUUAAUGCCUGGACUUGGCUUGCUUGGUUUGUGUUUUAUAGGUAAUUUAGCUGCAGCUUCUCUCAUUUCCGUCUCAGUUAUGCAUAUUAUUCUUAGACUUAUCACCAUGGAGGGCUUCUUUUUCGCAAGCUUCAAAUUUAAAGAAGUCAAAUGACUAGAUCUGACUGCCUUAGUUCAAUAUCAUCCUUUCUGUUCUUCAUUCUUGUUGUUUGUUUUUAAUGUGUUCUACUGUUUCAAAAUUUCAAUAGUCUAUACAAUAUGUUUAAGUUAUUCUCCCUUUAAGUCCAGUGUUCAAAUUGAGCUAUGAAUUUCAGUGUUUCACUUGGCUUGCUUCCAUGUAAUGACAACUAAGCUGUACAAGGUCAAAGAACAGGUCUUGAAAUAUUUGCAGGCCUUCAAACAUAUAGAUCUGCAUAUUUCUUAGGAAUCUAACAGUCGCCAUCACUAUUUGGAAUUACAUAAAGUUCAAAUAUUGUUGAAUUUCUUUUAAUAUAAGGAUAGUACAUACACGUAAAUUUGUAAUUAGAAUCUCAGAUAAUCAGUAUAUCGUGCAGUCUUUGUCACAAGUUUGGUUAUUUUAUGUUGGCACUUUAAGCUGUAAAUGGUUCAUUAUUUAUGCAUCGGUCAUGGUUAUUUGAAUGUAAGCACAACAUGAGGUUAAAAUUCUUUGCUUUUUUUGGACUUUCCAAUCUUGCAUCCAUUGUUUAUUUAACUGUGGAGAGUGAAUCUCUCUCUCUCUCUCUAGUUGAAGGCUCUGUAGGCUCUUCAGGAAAGAGAAAAAAAAUUGCUGGAGGUGCCAAGGAAUCCAUGAGUUCAUCUGCCAAUGUUCUUCGCAGGAUUCAUGCUGGUUGAUGGGCAAAGAUAUUGGUGUUAGCUUUGUUCAAGAUGGCUAUAUGGGCAGUUGGAGGUCUCUUUACCAUGAAUGCCAUUCUGAAUAUAUGAUGAUUUUUGUAGUUUGGAUAAGCAGAUAUGCCGAUCUCACAAGUAGGGAUGUGUGCCUUUUAAUAUUUAAAAUUAGGGAUAUUCGCAUCUAAUAUCAUGGAACUUUUAAAAAGUUGAGUUUUUUCACAAAUUUUAAAAUUGACAAAUAAUAUUACGAACUUUACCCAGAGUUUGUUAUUUCUCACUAAUGAAAAAAAAUUCAACUAUAUUAAUAGAUUGAAUAACAAUUUUGGACGGUGAGCUUCAAGAAAAAUUAUCCUCAAAGAUUGGAAAACUUGAAGCUUUCGAAGUUGUUGUCGAGAAAUUAUGAUAAAAAAAUCCGUAUCAUGAUAUUAUUUGUCGGAAUUUUUUCAUUGGUAGGAAAUAACAAACUCGGGGUAAAGUUCGUGAUAUUAUUUGUCAAUUUCAAAGUUCAUGGGAAAAACACAAUUUUUUGAAAGUUCUAUGAUAUUAGGUGUCAAUAUCCUUAAAAUUAAUAGUGGUAUGUUUUGUAAGAAAAUAUGAACGUUAAAGUAUCGAUUUGUAUUUACUAUAGAAGUAAAACUUAAAUAUUA